CGCGGGGGGGCAGGGCCCGCUGGCACGCGGCGCUCGCCGCGGCCGCCGCCCUCGUGUGGGGCCUCCGCUCGCCACGGAGGCGCGCGAGGCUGAGGAGGGCUGGGCGCGGCGGCCUCUUGAGCGGCUGCGCGAGCGCGAGGGGCUGGAGGACGUCAGGCAGGAGUUCGGUGCGGCUGCGGGCGGGAGGGCCUGACAAUCUGCGCAUGCUCGACGAGGACGACGAGGAGCAGAGCCAGGGCGAGGGCCGCAAGGUGGACGUCGAGGAGAUCCGGGCGUCGCUUCAAAAGCUCCACAUGGACCAGUCGAACCAGAAGGGCGACAUCGCUCAACAGAUCGUGGACCGCAUGGACGCAGACGGCGACGGCAAAAUCUCCACGGAGGAGUGGCAGGCCGCCUCGCAGCGCAACCUGGAGGACAGCGCAACGAAUUGGGACGAGGUGAGCCAGGCCAUCGCCGCCCUCGACAUCAACAUAGGUGAGUUCAAGGACGUUAUCCGCUACGCCUUCACAAACUUCGACGAGAAUGGCGACGGCAAGAUCAGCUUCGAGGAGUUCUGCCUAGCCUGUCGGACACUGGGCGUCACCUUGAGCGCCGAGAAGUAUGAGAAGAUCUUCAACGUGCUCGCACGAGGCGGUGACUAUAUCAAGCCGGAGGAGUCAAGUCAGGAGGCGUGGCAGAGCUUCGGCCAGGGAUUCGACGCGGCUCUGAGGGCGCAGUACAAGAACAAGGGCUUUGCAAGAGCACAGUUUGUCCUCAAUGAGGUCGGUGACCAAUGGAAUCGAGAACAGAACCUGCCACUUCCAGAGAGGGUAGGGAGAGCAGCAACGCUGUUUUGGAAUCAGGCGGAAAGCCUCUCGGACCUGGUCGAGUUUCUACUUGACCUGGUUGGUGUCGGCAUCGCUUUAGGCUCUAUCAACGAAGAGCUGGGGUGCCUCCCGAACUGUAAAGAGGAAGUGGAUGUCGCCAACUUGAUCCCCUUGGUUUUUCUUCUGCGAAAGAGUUUGAGUGACGUGCUGAAGGAGGUCAGUGAUAAUUACGUCCAGGACCUGGAUCAGGACACAGCGGUGGCAUUCGCAACUGUGUUCAAGCCCGCAGGGGUGAAGCUGACUGCUUUCAUGAAGAUCCGCAGCCAGGGCGCACAGUGGCAGAACAUCAGCCGAGGCCAAGAGGUGUCUUACCGCAGCACCGCCAACGGCAACACGCUGCAGCUCAUCGUCCGAGGCUCGAUGAGCCUCAUCGCCCAGGGCAACGUGGCCGGCCUCAGCGAAACCGUGGCCGUCUUGAAGACGGGUUCCUUCAUCGGCGGCGCUCAGUUCAUAGGUGCCGAGGACGGCCUCGUCUCAGGCAGGGGCAGCAGCUCGCUGCUGGCGAACGACGACGUGCUGCUCCUCAAGUGGCCCGACGCGGGCAGGCUGAAGAACUUCCUCAGCGUCUACGAAAGCCUCCGGACGCAGUUCACGUCCGUCAUCGUGAGGUCCAUAGCCGCCAACAUGAGCCAAGUGACCAAGCAGUCGAGGAAGUUCGCCACGGAGCUGCCAAUGGUGUUCCGGAAUUUCACGAUCGGGCUUGCGGCCACGUUCCAGGCGGACCGGGCGACCGUGUGGAUCCACAGCCCCGCGAAGAACUCGCUCUGGACGUGGUUCGUGAGCGAGGCGGGGAAGACGACGUACGUCAGCAUCCCCGCCCAGACGGGCCUGGUAGGAGUCGCGUUCACGGAGAAGUCGGACCUGAACAUCCCGGAUUGCUACAAGGAUGACAGGUUCAACAAGGAGGUGGACAAGAAGACUGGCUACUACACGAAGAGCAUGCUCUGCGUGCCCGUCUUCAGGGAGGCGUCCGAGGAGGACCUGGUCUUCGACGAGCCCGCCGAGCAGGAGCAGGUCAUCGGAGUGGUGCAGCUCAUCAACAAGAUGUCGAGCGAGCCGUCUUCCAAUUCGGAAUACUGCAGUUUCACAGAAGCCGACACGCGCAGGAUGUUCGAGAUCCGCUGGACGUUACAGUUCAUGAUGAAGCAGCUCGGAAGUCGGGCUGGGGUCUGAGAUAAUUGCGUAGCUUCCCAAUUUUCGCCUCUUCGUCAUCCUUUUCGUCCUCCUCCCUCCUCCGUCCUCCAUGCGUGGCCGUUUAUGGUUCAAUCCAGGACAUCACAUAGCGGUUUGUGUAAUGCAGCAUAACCGGUCCGGGG